AUGCCGGCGCAGUCGACGCUGCCCAAGCGUCCAGCGUCAGCGGUUGGCCAGAUCCUCGCUAUGCCACCGCAGUGGCUCUCGUCCUACGAAGAAUUCAUCACCAAAAACGCCAGCCAAGUUUCGCAAAUCGAAAGCGCUCUACGUAGUUUAACAUAUAUCAUACCUGGCCGAUUCCGCGAUGCCGAGAUUGCCUCCGAAUCGAUCCAUUCUGGCGUGCAGCUCCUGAGCCUAUACCACGACAAUAUCCUCGGGAAAGCCGUGUCAAAACUGCCUGUUCCCCCGGUCCGCACUGCACAUGCCCGGUACACGCGAUUCUGGGCUGAAAAGAGCGCCCUUUACCGGCGCGUGGCCAUGCUCCUACAAAUGGUCAUCUACACCGAGCUCCUGUGGGAAAUGUCGGCCAAGCGUCGCGGCGGUGAAAAGUCUCGGUGGCGCGUCGUGCUGUUGCUCGAGGGCAUCAAAGCCUUCUGCCGGCUGCUGUUACUUCGCAUCACCCGCACGCGCCAAAUCGUCACGCCACCGCUACCGGAGCGCGAACCCAUCCCGGACGAAAUCGACGAGGAACAGAACAAGCCGCAGGAUCUAGCGCUAGGAAGCGAGAGCGAAUUCGCGCUAGAGGAUGGCGGCAGUAUCAACGGCAACUUGAUGGCGUCGCAGGACACACAGCAAAUGACGAAUGCACCCGUCGGGCGCGAAUGGACCAUGCCUCGAACAGGCAUGAGCCUGCCGUCUCUGCCAGAAUCUGGCGAUAUCAGCUCAUAUCUCCUCUCGCGGGUGCUCACCGCCGAUGACAUUCGGCCCGCGACAAAGCUUCUCAACCAGCUGCGCGGCAUCGGCCACGCCGCCGAAGUCCUACACAUCCUCGCGCCGCUCGCCUACGUUGUCGCGCUGAUGCUCACCAAGAAUAAGCGCUCAUGGACGCCGUGGAUGAUUGGUCUCGCAGUGGAAUACGCUGCGCGACAGCUGCGCGACACGAGCAACGGCACCAGCCUGCGCACAACGCCGCUGGAGCGCGACGAGUGGAACAAGCGCGGCUGGUCGAUGCUGUGGUGGAGUAUGCGCGGUGCUUUCUACGAGAACGUGACCAAAGGUAUGGUGAUGGGUGUUUCAAGGCGUAUGCCCAGUUUCAUAGGGGGCAUCUUGGAGGACUACGAGUAUCUUUGGGAGAAUUACUACUUUAGCACGAGCGCUUGA